AUGCAUCGCCAUGCUCCUCGCCUACCCGCUUGCCAUGAUGAUUGGGGGCAGAAGCCAAAGGUCUCGCAUAGCCUCGCAUUUCUCAUCUUCAUUGUGCUGGCAGCACCUGGGACUGUUCACGGCCGAUUGUCGGCUGAAGGUGAUCAGCUUGUCAUCACUAUCCCCGUCGCGAAGUUAAGAAGGGAUAGCCCCUCACACCCACUCUUGGAUUUGCCGGAGAGGGCAAAAAUUCUCAUUGAUGUCGGAACGCAUAGAGAAUCGACAUUUCUAACGCGUCUGCACCACGAUCCCACAGCCUGGGUAAUCGCCUUCGAGCCGGACUACCUGCACUACUCACACCAUGUGGCAAAGCAUGCCCACCCCCGGAUGAUCUUGAUCAAUGCGGCAGUUGGAGACAGCACAAGGGGCUGGGCCUCUUUUUACCGAUGGUCCUACGAGGGAGUGGGAUGGCACUUUAACAGCGGUGAUCAAACACAGCUGGGUUCAUUGCUCCAGGCCCCUGGCCCUGGAAUGAAAGCACGCGAGGAGAUGAAGGUGGCUGUGGUGUCGCUUUCCGAUGUCCUGAGCUUCCUUCCCGGCCGUGUGGAGAUCCUGAAGGUCGAUGCACAAGGAGCUGACUUGGAAGUGGUGAAGUCCGCAGGCGACCAGCUCGCACGGGUAGACCGGAUUGUCAUGGAGCUGCCCUACGAGGUCGCUCAUAUGACGUACGCGGACCAAACCACAGAGGGGGAUACCGAGACCUUCUUGGAACAGGCCGGAUUCCGGAUGGAGAGAUGCUUCGCGGUAUCGGAGCAGGAGAAAGACUGUACCUUCGCGCGUGCCCACGUUUGGAGACAGAUACCAUCGGAAGACGAGUGUUUCUCCAAAAACCGAACUGAGAUGCUCUUCGAACUUUGGCGCGAUCAGAUCAAUUACCUGUGCAAGCUUGGGAAGUAUGGCUGCGAGAAUUACACUCCCCCUCUCAAGACAAAGCGGACGUGGAUAAUAACAUUCUGCUGCUCCAGGCAUAUGCCCGAACACGCCUGUUUUGGUCGGAAGUCGAACUACUCCUAUGCGACGUGUUGCCUACCCCCAUACUUGCUGUCUAUUGGCUAUCCGAAGCCCGGAUACGUCAUGUGA